AUGAAAAUUGCACAUAAACAUAUUUUUUCUUUAUUAAAUAAUAAUAUAUAUCAAAAAAACAUCAAAUCUUAUAAAAAUGACCUUCCAGGACCAGUAGGAUUACCAAUCAUUGGAAAUCUAUUAGGAUUAAAGGACAAUCCCUAUUCAACAAUGGAUUAUUACCAUAUUUUAUAUGGCGGUAUUUAUAGAUUGUGGCUUGGGGAAUAUUAUAUGAUAUCGGUGAGUGACCCCGAUAUAGUAAGGGAAAUGUUGGUAAAAAAUCAUUCAUCCUUUUCCUCACGACCAAAUUUACCAAUUGUUGCAUUUGGUUCAAAUAAUUUUAAGGGUAUUUCAGGGUCUUCAGGUACAUAUUGGAAAAAGAAUAGGAAUUUAUUACUCAGUGCAAUGAAAGGAGCAAACACAAAACAUGUUUAUGAGUUAUUAAAUUAUAAAGUUCAAUCACUAAUUGAAAUUAUGAAUACAAUUCAAUUAUCAAAUGAUUAUUUUGAGCCCAGAAUUUUUGCCCCAAGAUUUGCAAUUUCAACAAUGUUUAAAUAUUUAUUUAACGAAAAUAUACCCUAUUUUAAUCACGAAGAUAAAUUAAUAUCAUUAAUUCAAGAAUCGUUUAGCUUUAUGACAUUAGGAAAUGUGGGUGACUUUUUUUCAAAACUACAUCCAUUAUAUUUCAGAUAUUUACACUCAAAAGGCAAAUGUUUUGAAAAGAUUAGGGAUUUUCUAAGAGAAAAGUAUAAUGAACAUUAUCAAACCAUCGAUAAAGAAAAACCAAGAGAUUUAUUGGAUUUCUUAAUAUAUGAAUAUGGUGAACCAACUGAAGAAAAUAUCACAACAAUUAUUCAAGUUUUGUUUGAUUUAUUGUUAGCUGGAACUGAUACAGUUUAUUCAUCGAUUGAAUGGAUUUUGCUUUUAUUUACAAAUAAUUAUGACUAUCAACAAAAAAUUUAUAAAGAACUAAAAGAAGUUGUCGGUAAUAGGGAAAGAGUGUUACUUUCAGAUAGACCACAGACAGUUUUUACUCAAGCAUGUAUAAAAGAAGCUAUGCGAUUUAAAGCUCCAUCUCCGUUUGGAUUGCCUCACACAGUUACACAGGAUAUUUUAAUUAAAGACUAUUUUAUUCCAAAAGAUUCAAUGGUUCUUGUUAACUACUAUUCAAUAGCCCAAAAUCAUAAAUAUUUCCCAAACCCUCAUAUAUUCGACCCAUAUAGAUUCAUGGGAACUCAACAGCCCGAUGGAUUUAUGGUAUUUUCAGUUGGUAGCCGAGCAUGUUUGGGUCAAUCAUUAGCAAUGGAUUCUAUAUAUUUGUUAAUUUCAAAUAUAAUAUUAAAUUUUAAUUUAAAGUCUAUUGAUGGAAAAAAAAUUGAUGAUUCGAAUCAUGUUUCAGGUUUAAAUUUAAGACCAAACAGAUAUAAAUUAAAAUUAGAAAAAAGAUAUUAA